CUCCUUUAAUCGGGGGCCUCCGUCUGUUUGUGGCGGGAACACGACGCUAGCUCGGUUAGCUUUGCUCGCAUAGAUUGCGUUGCAACCAUCGGAGUCUGGCUUCACUCAGGACGCAGCAAUAAAGACGGAGGCUGGAACGGAGGUCUGCUGGAUUUCGGAACUUAAGUGAAAUUAAGUUGUGUUGGUGUGUUAAUGACUUUUGUCAAAUGCUAGCUGGUUACAUUAGCAGCAAACGCUAAGCUACUGCUAGCUGAUAGCAUAGCCGGGGUAUCGUUAGCCGCCUUUGGCAGAAUCCAGCGUGUGUGGUCUGCUAGUGGAGGGUUGAAAAACUUUGAGAUUAGCUGGUGUUAUAUCUGUAAUGACGGACCAGAUUGGGAAAAUGGCAACAGCGAGAAGACAGGUGAAGAAAAAGCAUCCUGAAGAGAAACCAGAGAAAAAGGUUUUUGAUUUUACUCCAGAAGAUGAAAAGAAAGAGCUCAGCGGUUCAGAGGACGAUGUCAGAGAGGAUGAAACUCCGACGGUGGACAAACUGGCCAAGAAGAGACCUGCGGCUGACUUUGAAGAGGAGGGGUCGACGUGUGCUGUGGGAAAUGAGGUACAUUCCAUGUUGGAGAAAUUCGGAGCUGAUAUCAGCAAGGUGAUGCAGGCCAAGAGGAAACGUCUGGAGUGUCUGACCAAGAACUACAUGAAAGGAAGCCAGCACAAACUGGAGCAACUGUGGAACAAGUACCACUCCCACAGGAGGCAGAUGACCCAGCAGUACUCCCAGCAGGUGUCGUCCGCGCUGCAGCAGUGGGAGGCCGAAGCCCAGCGGGCUGAGGAGCAGGAGGAAAAGCUGAACAAUCUGUUCAGACAGCAGCAGAAGAUCCUGCAGCAGGCCAGAGUGGUGCAGAACCAGAAGCUGAAGACUGUCAGAGAGCUUUACGAGCAGUCUGUCAAGAACGUGGAGGAGAUGGAGAAGAGCUAUGAUGCUUUCCUGCAGGAUGCUCAACAAGAGCUGAGGAAGGAGAUGGCCACCCUGCAGAAGAAGAUCCUCAUGGACACGCAACAGCAGGAGAUGGCCACAGUCCGCAAAUCGCUGCAGUCCAUGCUGUUCUAGCCUGCCGUUGCCAUGGAGACAGUGCUGGUUCCUAUUUCAAGAAAGUGUUCGAGGUCGGUGUUACCAUGCUUAUUGAGCUGUAGUCCUCUGCUGUUGUCAUGGUUACACAUUUACAGAGCUCACAGAGCUCACACAGCAACAACAUUUUCUGUUCUGUUGUGAUUUCAGCCACUCUUUGCCUGGUUUGAUCUAAUAAUCUGAACUAAUAUUCUGUUGUGCCUCCUGUAGCUGAGGUAUGUUUUACUAUAUUCUGUAGUGACUCGGCAGUUCCUGCUCUUGCACUGUUUAUAUAAUAAACAUGAAUAAUUAAAUGAAUGUUUUUGUAAAGCUCA